AUGAUGAUGCAGGAGAAACCCAAAGAGAAAGAGAAAGAGAAAGCCAAGGCGAAGGUGAACAUAAUGUUGAGCUCAGACUCGGAAGAUGACACGGAAGAUGAGGAGUUGCUGGCUCGGUACAAAAAGGCAGCUAUUGAGAAGCGCAGAAAGGCUGAGCUGUCCUUGUCACAGGCCCUUGAAAGUUCAUCGGAGGAUGAGGAUGAUACGAGUACUGCCCUUGAAGAAGGUGAUGUUCCCUUGCUUGCGCAACUAACCGAAGAAGAAACAAGAGCCAGGCAGGAAGAAGCAGAGGCCGAUCGCCAAAAAGCAGCACCAAAGGAAACGUCUUAUCUACAGGAAAUGCACCAGCUCCAGCAGCAGGUGCCAUUCCAUCACAAGCAAUACCCUCCCGCGGAAACAGGCCAGGGCGUUCCGCCUCCACCUUACCCAGCACGGACCAAUCCAGUUGCUGUGCCACAGUGGCAAAGGAACUUCCGUAAUAGCUACCAGAGAACAGCUGCUUCUGAAGAGCAUCACAGACAAAUGAAUUUCUAUCAAAUGGAAUAUGUUCCUGGGACGCCUCUACCUCACAGUGGUGUUGCGGGGCUUCCCCCAUGA